AUGGCUGUCACAACUUUGGCUGCCCAGGUGCGGCUGGGCAUGUGGGGCAUUAGGGCCAUGUAAACCUGAGGCUUCAGCUUCAAAUGGUAAGACUCCCACAUGGGCUUGGUCUGGAAGGCAGGUGGGGCCUUCAGAAAGAGGGAGCAAGCUGAAGAGGAAGGAUACUCCCCUAAAGAACAACUGACAGCUUUGAAAAAACACCAUGAAGAGGAGAUCACCAGUCAUAUAAAGGAAAUUGAGCCUCUGAAGAAAGAAAUCAAGUGGUGCAAGACAAUCAAACAUCUAAAAAAUGAUGAUGAUGAUUAA